GUCUGAAGAAGCAAGUACGUCAAUUAACAGGUUGUGACCCCACCAACCAAUUCAAAUAUCAAACCAGAACUUUUUUAAAAAAAAUAGAAAUAUUAAAAGCGCAGGCUAUAUGCGACAAACUCUCUUACUAACCAACUCAUCGCACUACUGUAGGUUACUGGCUUAACAUCUGCCUACCUAAAACCACUAUAAAAAGAUUCCUUUUUCACAAGAUUGUUGUCUUAUACUAGGCAGUAACCCACUAGUUAAGGUUAGGUAUCUAGACGCCUUAGUGGGUUUUCCCUUGCGCUUCAUUCAUUGUGCGCAAUCGCCCCUCUCGUUACUUUACAAACUUCGUAUCGACCGACUCGACACCCUUCUUACAAUUUACCCUACCUAGCAGCAUUUUCGCAAUCACCUAGGCCAACGAAUACCCUCGUUAAAAGAAGUCAACAUCAUCGCGAACAUUCAUAUCCUCUUCUUUCACCAUGGCUGAUCUCGCGAGUCGCAUCACCCAACCAGGUGUUCAAGCGAGUGAACCUGUGGCUGUGGAAGCUGAGAAGCCUGCCGAAGAGGCUUCCAAGCUUCUGGAGAACAACUACGAUGUCGAGGUUCAGCUUAGCGAUAUCCAAAACAAUACCGACAACCCACUAGGAUCUGUUCACACGUUCGACGAGCUAGGAUUGCCUGAAAAUGUUCUUAAGGGGCUCCGGGCACUAGGCUUUCAGAAACCGUCCAAGGUCCAAGAAAAGGCUCUACCACUUAUGCUCUCCGACCCUCCGCGCAAUAUGAUUGCCCAGUCACAAUCAGGAACAGGCAAAACAGCCGCUUUCGUUACCACAGUCCUAUCUCGAGUCGAUGCCACCAAGCCAAGUCAACCCCAGGCUCUACUUCUCGCUCCUAGCCGCGAGUUGGCUCGUCAGAUACAGACGGUCAUUGGACAGAUUGGACAAUUUAUACCAGAUCUACCAGUGGUAGCUGCCAUUCCAGGUGCCAUUCCACGUGAUACUGGCCGCGUUGAUAAGAGCAUCGUCGUCGGUACUCCAGGAACUGUUAGCGACCUAAUCAAGAGACGCCAGUUCGAUGUAUCCCAGUUACGAGUUCUCGUUAUCGACGAGGCUGAUAACAUGUUGGACCAGCAAGGCCUAGGCGACCAAUGUACCAGAGUAAAGAAGAUGUUGCCUAAGGAUGUUCAAGUUCUUUUGUUCUCUGCUACGUUCCCUGAAAAGGUCAUGAAAUAUGCAACUCAAUUCGCACCCAACGCAAAUGUCAUCAAACUUAAGACGCAAGAACUCACAGUCAAGGGCAUUUCCCAAAUGUACAUGGAUUGCCCUUCGGAAGCUGACAAGUACGACAUUCUAUGUAAGCUAUACGGACUAAUGAAUGUUGGCUCGUCUAUCAUCUUUGUCAAGACCCGAGAGAGUGCCUCACAAAUUCAGCAGAGAAUGACGAACGAUGGUCACAAGGUUUCCGUCUUGCACGGUGCCUACGAAGGUAGCGAGAGAGAUGCACUGCUGGAAGAAUUUAGAUCUGGUAGAUCCAAGGUCCUUAUUACUACCAAUGUGCUUGCCCGAGGAAUCGACGUAUCAACGGUGUCAAUGGUGAUCAAUUAUGAUAUUCCAAUGAAAGGGGCGGGAGACCGCAUGCAUGACACCGAAACAUAUCUUCACCGUAUUGGACGAACCGGCCGUUUCGGCCGGGUCGGUGUCAGUAUCACCUUCAUCUCCGACAAGAAGAGUUACGAUGCUCUCAACGCUAUUGCCGUAGAUCUCGGAAUUGAUUUGGUGGCACUGGCCCCCGAUGACUGGGAUGAGACGGAGCUGCAGGUCCAAAGAAUUAUCAAGUCGAGUCGAGCCCAAGCUGAGUUCGUUCCGAGUGGCUAAGAGACGAGAUUCUAGCCUGGAACCUACCAGGUAAACACAGAGCACAUUAGGUUUCUCAUAUUGAGCUAUGCGACAUCAGGGCCUACGAAAUUUGUGAGGAUUGAGGCACAGGUUAUAAGAAAAUGUACCGACUGAGCGGAACUAUUGCUUUGUUAGCAUUGCCUGUUUUUCUAAAAAGGCAACCAACGAUUUUCCCUUUUAACAAAAGGAGAUGUUAGUUACUAGGUAGCGAAGGAGACGAGCAAGAUACCAACACGCAAAGUAAAAGAAUCACAAUAUUUUAAACAACAUCAUUUCUGUGGGUUUUCUUCCAUGUUAUCUUCCUAUCCCUUUGACGAGAGUCUAGUCCAGGAUGCAGCCUAAGCCUACAGAGCGAACAUGGAUGCUUCAGAGUGUGCCAAAAAAAAGUAUAGCACACCAUGAUGCUAAGCACAGUUAGAAGGAUAUCGUGAGAGGAUUCCUUUUCCGUCGGGCACGUGCUGGAUUCGUACCAAGACACCCGGGUAUAAUCCAUACUACCUAGUAUUAUUAGGAUUUGGGGGAACCGACUUGCUGGGCCGAUAGAAAGCAGGUAAAUGAACAUAACAUUAUUCUCAAGUGUGAAAUUUAAC